UCCGGAGCCGCCUCCGUCUACUCCCAGGAAAACCUCGCAGCCGCCGAACUCAGGCAGCUGCCAGCCAUGGUGCUCGCGCGCAAGAAGCUGAAGCAGAAGCUGCACACGCUUCUCCCGGCCGGUGAAGCCGAGUUGGAGGAGGCUCAUGGCGAGGAGGUGCAGGCUGUGAAGGAGCGGCUCGCCUCCUCCAAGCGGCCGCGCCCCAAGCGGCCGCCCAGGAAGAAAUCGCUCCCCGAAGUGGUGUUGCAGACGGAGGAGGAGCGGAGGGAGGAAGUGGAGAGGAGGAGAGAGGAGAGGAGGAAGGAGAAGAAGGAGAAAAGGAGGAUCAGGAGGUUGAUGGAGGCCGAGACCGCGGCGGCGACGCAGCAGGUGGGAGGGGAGAUGGGGCCGGAAACAGAGGGCACGGAAGGGGCUUCGGAAGAAGACGAUCCUGUUGUUGAGUCUGACCAGCCAGUCGUGGCAGAGAAUAGGGAGCAAAAUAUAAACAAGAUGGAGGUGACCAAACCUGGAGUUGGGUCCAAGAGUCCUAUAGUUGCUAAGAACAAGCUGCAAAAUCAAAAAGUGAAAUUGGCUGAAUCUGGUGUUGGGUCCGACAAUCCUGUUGCCACAGAGCAUAGAGAGCAAAGCGUAAAUAAGGUGUAUGUUGGUGGCAUUCCGUACUAUUCAUCUGAGGAUGACAUAAGAAGUUUCUUUGAAGGAUGUGGCAGUAUCACUGCAAUCGACUGCAUGACCUUUCCCGAGAGCGGGAAAUUCAGGGGUAUUGCAAUUCUCACAUUUAAGACUGAUGCUGCUGCACAGAGGGCAUUAGCUAUGGAUGGUGCAGAUAUGGGAGGAUUGUAUCUGAAAAUCCAGCCAUACAAACAUAACCGUGAGAAGGAAGAUUUUGCACCGAAGUUGAUAGAGGGAUAUAAUAGGAUGUAUAUUGGGAAUCUACCAUGGGAUAUAACAGAAGAUGAUCUGAAGAAGUUCUUUUCAAACUGCAAAAUCUCAUCCAUCCGAUUUGGAACAGACAAGGAUACAGGUGAUUUCAAAGGCUAUGCACACGUUGAUUUUUCUGAUGGUGCAUCCGUUGCUGUUGCACUGAAGCUCGACCAGAGGGUGAUUAAGGGACGGCCAGUCAGAAUCAGAUGCGCAGUUCCCAAAAAGGAUAAUCAGAAAAUCAGUGAUAAUGGGAACUCAGAUUCUUCGAAGAGUAAGAUUCGUACAUGCUAUGAAUGUGGGGAUCCUGGGCACCUUUCUUCUUCUUGCCCAAAUAAGAAGGAUUCUGAAGUACGGAAAUGCUAUGAAUGUGGCACCCCUGGGCACCUAUCUUCUGCUUGCCCAAAUAAGAAGAUUUCUGAUGAAAAGAAGGCUAACGUUGACUCAGCCACAGCAUCAUCAAAGAAGAGGCGAACAUGUUAUGAAUGUGGCAUCCCUGGCCAUCUCUCAUCGGCUUGCCCAAACAAAAGGCCUGCAGACUCUGUUCAGAGCAACAGGGAGCCUGUUGAUGAUGCAAAUGUAGAACCACCUGCCAUCGUAUCUGAGGAAAUGAAAGUAGGUGAUGAAUCGAAUUCAGUACCUUCAAAGAAGAGGCGGAAGUGCUAUGAGUGUGGAAUUUCUGGCCAUCUCUCGUCAGCUUGCCCGAACAAAAAGAUUGCUGAGGUUGUUGAUGAUGAAUUGAAAUGUGAUACUGGCUCAAACACUAUACCUUCAACCAUUGUCGAGGAGGAGAAGGCCAGCGACGACACAAAAUCUGCACCUGCAAAGAAAAAGAAGAGGCGGACAUGUUAUGAGUGUGGCAUUGCCGGACAUCUCUCUUCGGAGUGCCCAAACAAGGCAGCUGCGUAAGUCAAAUGAUUGUUGGCAUCUUGGGCCAUCUCCGCUCAGAGUGCCUGAACACAACUGAACAAGGCAGUUUCUGAGGCCAAAUGAUUGUAGCAUUUGUUUUUUUAAUUCUUCAGAAUUUAGUCCCAGUGUAUUGUAUGGUCUGUUCCUUGUUUUGAGCAGCAGCAAAAUUGUUAUCUCUGAAGGAAGAGGGGAGUUUUGUAGCAGGCAGGCCUUGAAAUGGACAAGUUUAUUAUCUUUCUAUAUCAAAUUUUGGUUGCAUGACAAAGUAUGCAUGGGAUUAUCACCCAA